ACUUUCCAAAUACCCACCGGACAACAACAUGGUUAUGUGGCAUGGAGUAAAAAAAUUCGGCGCUAUUGCAUUGGGCACAGGUGCCGGAUUGGGUGCCUAUUAUUAUCAAAAAUUGCGUGACAACCAGCAAAAUGUACAAAUGUCAUGGACCAACAGCGAUAAGCCGGUAAAUCCCUGUGCCUUGUGGGAUAGCAAUUGGGAUUGUAGAAGUCCCAAGAGUCUGGUGAAACCUUUGAAAAAUGAUACACCCCAGGAACAGAAUCGUUAUAAUAGCGAACUGGAAAAGGCUACACCGAAGGUGGCACGCCACAUAAUUCUUAUACGACAUGGUGAAUAUUUGGAUUUGGGGGAUACAGAUGAUACACAUCGUCUGACAUCAAGGGGUCGUCUGCAGGCUCAAUAUACCGGGAAGCGAUUACAGGAAUUGGGUAUAAAAUGGGAUAAGGUGAUAGCCUCGACAAUGACCAGGGCCCAGGAAACAUGUGAUAUAAUAUUGAAAGAAAUUGAUUUCGAUCCCAAGGAUGUGAAACAUUGUCAAUUUAUAAGGGAGGGGGCACCGAUACCACCCCAGCCCCCGGUGGGUCAUUGGAGGCCAGAGGAAUCGCAGUUCUUUCGUGAUGGUGCCCGCAUCGAAGCUGGUUUUCGACGUUAUUUCCAUCGUGCCUCACCCUCGGAUAAACAUGAUACGUACACAUUAAUUGUGGGCCAUGGUAAUGUUAUACGUUAUUUUGUUUGUCGUGCCCUGCAAUUCCCCCCCGAAGCAUGGUUGCGAAUUUCCAUAAACCACGCCUCUAUUACAUGGCUAACCAUACAACCUUCUGGAAAUGUGAAUAUUAAAUAUUUGGGGGAUACGGGUUUUAUGCCGGCCCAAUAUUUAACGCAUCGCAUACCACGUGAUGCCAAGAAUGUAGUAUAAGUU